AUGCAUCCUCUCUACUGGUUACUCAACCUUUGCGCUGCGCCAGAAAUAUGUAGUGGCGCCAUAAUCGAAGCCAACACGUCUAGCCAGGAGCCUUUACCUCCUAGCCAGGACCCGUGGUACACGGCACCCUCUGGUUUCGAGUCCAAACAACCCGGCGAUGUUCUUCGUAUACGAUCUGCACCAGGAAAUCUCACAGCUGUUGUUGGCAACCCAUCUGCAGCCUACCAUAUCCUCUACCGCACUACCGACUCCAGAGACCAGCCCUCUUGGGCUGUGACCACACUAUUCAUCCCUCCAUCUUUCUACUUCUCGCCUUCAGGCAAGGCAGCUUUGCUGUCCUACCAGUUCGCCUACAACUCAGCCAACCUCGAUUCCAGUCCAUCCAUUGGCCUGUACUGGAGAAUGGCCCAGAGGGAGUUAAAUCUUGGUAUCAAAUCCAAUGCUGAUUUCAUCAAUUGCAUGCUCUCCUUGGGCUGGAUUGUCAACACGCCCGACUUUGAAGGUCCGAAGGCGUCGUUUGGCGCAAGUAAACAAGCGGGCCAUGCGACUCUCGACAGCCUACGUGCGGUACUGGGACUGAUAAACCCACACGGCCACACUGAACCUAACACUGCUAUAUGGGGGUAUAGCGGCGGUUCCUACGCCACCUUGGCUGCAGCUGAGUUGCAAGCACAGUAUGCUCCCGAGGUUAAAAUUGACGGAACAGUUCUGGGUGGCCAAACCGAUAAUAUCUCGGCCAGUUUCGACAACUUGAACAAGAGCCCCAUUGCUGGGACCUUGAUCGCCUUCUUACUGGGCGUAACUUCGCCAUAUCCUGAAGCAACGGCAUAUCUCGAGAGCCACCUGGUCCCACAUACGAAAGAAGAAUUCUUAUCAUUGCGCCACAUAAAUGUUGUAGACGCGGUGAGACAGUUCUUAGGCAAGGAUAUUUACGCCUACUUCAAGGGAGGGGCCGCGGAUCUACAGGACCCGGCUCUGAGAAAGAUCUAUGACGAAGAUGUCAAACUUGGCUAUAGAGGAGUUCCAAAGAUGCCAAUGUUUGUGUACAAGGCCGUUGCAGAUCAAUUCUGUCCGGUGGACCAGACAGAUGCGACAGUAGCCCGGUUCUGUCGUGGGGGUGCCGACAUCACGUACGAAAGGAACACGGUGGGAGAGCAUGUUUCAGAGAUUGAGAAUGGGAAACCGAGAGCGUUCAAGUGGCUCUGGAGUGUGUUUGAUGAGUCUUACGAGCCGUCCACUACUGGGUGUAGAAUUCGGAAUGUGACUGUGAAGGUCGAUUCCGAGACUCAGUAG